UUUUUUUUUUUUAUUUUUAUAUUUUUGUUCUCUCGAGAUGAUACAAACCAAUGAUAAUAAACGAGUGAGAAGCAAUAGUGAAAAUGGUACUGAAAAUAACAAGAAACGACAAACAAUAACGAAUGAAAAUGAUGACGAGUCAGACUCUCCUGCUACAACUAGUGCGUUAUGGAAAGCCAUUACUCUGACAUCUUUGGAUAUGAAAGCAUUAUAUCAAUAUAUCAAAACAAAAGGAGAUCUCAGUGAAACAAAUGAAGACGGUUAUGGAUUAGUUUACUUGGCAGCUCGAAACAAUAGUAUGGAGGCUCUACGACUACUACUUCUUACUUCGGAACUCGAUGUGAAUACGAUACAUGGUCCUCAUAAAGAAUUGGCAUUACAUGCAGCAGCUAGUGCGGGAAGUUUCGAUGCAGUAGAACUCUUACUUGAACAUGGAUCUGAUGUGAAUUUGAAAGAUACUCUUGGCCAUACUCCACUCUCCAACUCUUUGUUUGCCAAGUCAUUACCUUGUACUCAACUUCUUAUUGAUGCAGGCGCGGCAUUGGACACGAUAGAUGCUCAAGGAAAUACUCUUCUUCAUUUGGCAGUUUCUAAUCAAUUUAGUGAAGUGAUUCCUAUAUUUAUGGAACGAGGUGUACCUGUGGACCAAAACAAUCAUCGUGGACUAUCACCUUUGGCCAUAGCUAUUGGAUUAGGAUAUGGAUCUAUUAUGACACGUUUAUUAGAAGGUGGAGCAGAUGUGAAUGGAAAGACUCGGUUUGCAACAGUAUUACAUCAUGCAGUGACUUGGAAUAGAAUGGAUGCUUUGGAAGCUUUGAUCAAUGGUGGAGCUGAAAUCAAUGUGACAAAUACAAUGGAAGAAACACCUCUCUUGGUAGCUGUACAACAAAGAAAGAUUGAUAUGGUACGAUAUCUGAUGGAACAUGGUGCAGAUCCUGGAUACAACAAUGGCAACAACAAUACGUCCACCAAUACACCUUUACUUUAUGCCGCUAAUCAUGGAUGCACUGAAUUAUGUACUUUACUCGUCACUCCUGAAACAUCAACCUACUUUAUGCAAAUCGCUGCUGACAUGAGUGAACGUGCCUCAUUUACUGCAACAGCAAAUUAUAUUCAAAGCAAAAUCAAUGAAAGACUGGCUAUCCAAUCAACUAGUGAAACUACUGAAACAGCAGCAUCAGCAUCAGGAACUACACAUCCAUUAUUAUCAUCAUCAUCUUUAUCAUCACCUACUCCACCAACCGCAGCACCAUUGAAUGAAGAAACCAUCCAGUCACCCACAGAUAUACUCGACACAGAUUUUAGUGCAUUGAUCAAUUCCUUUAGUGAUGACGAAGAAUAUAUGACAACCAACAAUCCAAUUCAAUCAUCAACAUCUCCUGAUCAAUCAUGAUUUUCAAUCCUAUAGUUUUUAUUUCUUUCUACCUCAUCAUUAUUAUAGAAUUCUAUUUAGAUUAUACCCUC